UUCUCAAUUUUCUGCAGGUAGCAAAUGCAUCUGCUGGAUUGCCAACUCAAAUGCAGCUUGGGUUGCUUUCACCCCUUUAUCUAAGGAGAUUAUUUGAACGCAUGGGGGCGACAUACAUCAAAUUAGGUCAGUUCAUAGCAUCAGCGCCAACAUUGUUUCCGCCAGAAUAUGUCCAGGAAUUCCAAAAUUGCUUUGACAGGGCUCCAGCAGUUCCUUUUGAUGAAAUUCAAGCUAUUCUGCGUGAAGAAUUAGGAAGACCCAUAGAAAGUGUCUAUGAGUAUGUUGAUCCUGUGCCAAUUGCAUCAGCCUCAAUUGCACAGGUUCAUGGUGCAAAGCUCAGAGGUUCCCAAGAGGAUGUUGUGAUAAAGGUCUUAAAGCCUGGAAUAGAGGAUAUAUUAGUUGCAGAUUUGAACUUCGUAUACAUUGUUGCCCGCAUACUGGAGUUCUUGAACCCGGAGCUCAGCCGUACAUCACUAGUUGGUAUUGUCAAGGAUAUAAAGACAUCUAUGCUUGAAGAAGUUGACUUUAAAAAGGAAGCUACAAAUAUUGAGUCCUUCAGGAGAUAUCUAGAAGAUAUGGGACUCACAUGGCAGGCUACUGCUCCAAAGGUGUAUCAUCAAUGCAGCACUUCACGAGUGUUGACCAUGGAGAGGCUAUAUGGAGUUCCCCUGACUGACCUAGACUCUAUAAGCUCACUUGUUUCUAGUCCAGAGACAAGUCUUAUAAAUGCGCUUAAUGUAUGGUUUGGAAGUUUGCUUUCCUGUGAAACCUUUCAUGCUGAUGUACAUGCAGGGAACUUGUGGCUACUUCGUGAUGGGCGAAUUGGAUUUCUUGAUUUUGGAAUUGUUGGACGCAUAUGCCCAAAAACGUGGGCUGCUAUUGAGGUAUUUUUGACUUCUAUUGCAAGUCAAGAAUAUGAGGAAAUGGCAUCCGCUUUAAUCCAAAUGGGUGCUACAGGCAAGGAUGUGGAUGUUAAGACCUUUGCAAGAGACCUGGAAAAGAUUUUUUCAUCAAUACAGGAUUUGGAUACAGAGAUUGUCGUUGCAGCAACCAGGGGACCCAAUGCAAAUGCAGCUGCCAUUUCUGCUAAUUUAGUUGUGGAUGAGAGGCAGAUGAAUGCUUUAUUUCUUGAUGUGGUUCGAGUUAGUGAAUCAUAUGGGCUACGGUUUCCUCGGGAGUUUGCACUUCUUAUGAAACAGCUUCUCUAUUUUGACCGUUAUACCCGGCUAUUGGCUCCGAAUCUGAACAUGCUCCAGGACCAAAGAAUCACCAUCGUGUCCAACCGCAGUAGCAUUAGGAAUACUUUUUGAUCAACUUAUACAACCAAGUUUUCUUUUAUUGUGAUAGCAUCAACUUGAAUUUCUCUACAUUUCAUAAUUAGAAUACGGUGUAUAUCAUUUUACAGGAUAAUAGUCGCCUCUUCGAAGUUUUCUAUGGUUA